AUGACACGCAACGCAAACGCGCAAACGGGCUCUCGGUCUCUCCCGCCCGCAGAGACCAAGCUUCCUUCAGCGAGCCACGAGACCUCGGCGUUGAAGCGGCAGCUGGGCGACUUGGGCUCGUCGCGGCGUCAGGACCGACAUCUCGCCGACAGGGCCGGCAUCCUCACCGACGAGGAGCACAAGCUCGGCGAUCUCAACGUCGUAGCUGCGUACAAGGCACAUUUCCGAGAGUCGCCUUUUGAGUUCUUGCAGCAAUUCGUUGCAUACGGUCAGGGAACCGGCUGGCGUGGCUAUUCAAACUACAUUGGCGCACCCAUCCUCUACAAUGGAUGCUCCGAAGAGAGCAUCCGCGCCGUGCUUAACAGCGAACAGGUGCAAGACCGCAUUCGCAAGCUGGCAUCGAGCCGCGUCGAUCGCCUCCUGCCAGACCAGUCACCCGCAUCUCCCACCGGUCCCAAUAAAAUGCAGAAGAAUCUCGCCAUCUUCAAGGAGCGAAAGCGCCGUCAGAUCGAACAGCAGUUGCGCGAAGAGGCGCUCGCCAUCCUCCAGGUCAGCGUGGCGCGCAUCGACUCGCUCUCUUUCCUCAAGUUCUUUGCUGCCACCGUCAACAACAUCCUCGCCAGAAUGUACCACCAAGGUAUCCACAUCAGCGUUCCGCAGGUGCUCGAACUCCGUCGGGUCGCCGCGUACGCCGCAGAACGAAAGCAGAGCAUCCUCUUCCUUCCUUGUCACAAGUCGCACAUCGACUAUCUCACCGUUUCUUGGCUCAUGUUCCGACUCGGCAUCGCCCUUCCGCACAUCAUUGCUGGCGAGAAUCUCGACUUGCCCGUGCUCGGUGACGUACUUCGCAAGGGAGGCGCCUUUUUCAUCCGUCGCACCUUCUCCGGCGAUCAAUUGUAUCCUGCUGUCAUCAAAGAGUAUGUCGAGACGCUUCUCGCCAGCGGCAAAAAUCUCGAGUGCUUCAUCGAGGGCACCCGCUCCCGAACGGGCAAGCUCCUGCCUCCCAAGCUCGGCAUCCUCAAGUACGUCGUCGAGGGUCUGCUCAACGGACGUACCGACGAUGUGUGGAUCUGCCCGGUUAGCCUCCAGUACGACUCGGUCAUCGAGUCGGAGACGUAUGUAUCCGAGCUGCUUGGCAAGCCAAAGGAGGCAGAGUCCCUUCUCGGUCUGCUCUCGGGCAGCUCGUCGCUGUUGCAACUCAAGAUGGGCCGCAUCGACAUCCGCUUCGAUACACCCUGGUCCCUGCAAGGCUUCAUCAAGGAGCAAAAGGAUCGCCGAGCAGCGCCGGGCUACAAGGACGAAAAGGUGGAGCUGGACCCGGUCAAGAACGAGAGGCACAAGAUGCUUUUACUCAAGGCGCUCGGCUACCGCGUUCUCGCCGACAUCAACAAGGUCUCUGUGAUCAUGCCGGCUGCUCUGAUCGGCACGGUUGUGCUCAUCCUGCGAGGACGCGGCGUGUCGCGAAGUGAGCUCAUCCGCAGGGUCGAGUGGCUCCGAGCGGCCAUCGUCAAGAAGGGCUUCACCGUUGCCGACUUUGGUGCGAUGAACACGGGCGAGGUGGUGGACCGCGCGCUCAGCACCGUCAUGAAGGGUCUGAUCGCCGAGGAGAGGGAUGUGAUGGAGCCGACGUUUGUGCCGGUCAAGCGCUUCGAGCUCAGCUUCUACCGCAACCAGGUCAUUCACAUCUUUGUGUCCGAGUCGCUCGCAGCUGCGGCACUCUACACCAAGGUCAAGCAGGGCGGCACCGCACCGAUGCAGAGGAUGACGCGACAGGACAUGCUGAACGAGUGUCUCUUCAUCUCUUCGGUGCUGCGCAACGAAUUCGUGUUUGGCGUCGACUCGCUCGAGAUCAACGUCGACCGCACCGUCGACGGCAUGGUCGCCGACGGAAUUCUGGACAAGCACCCGGACAUCAAGCCCGACGAGGGCGGCUCGAUCGAACUCAGCCUCAAGGAGCGCGAAAAUGGCCGAGAGAAUUUCGACUCGUUCCUAUUCCUCAUCUGGCCCUUCAUUGAAGGGUACUGGCUGGCGGCCGUGUCGCUACUCUCGCUGAUCCCGCAGGGCGCCGAGGAGAAAGGCUAUCCGGAGAGCAAGCUGCCCUGGUUUGCAGCCAAGGAUUUCGAAAAGCACACGCAGCUGCUCGGCAAGACGCUCUACGCGCAAGGCGAGCUGUCGUACCUCGAGUCCAUCAAUGCGGCCACACUAUCGCAAGCCUUCACCAGGAUGGAGGAGAUGGGUAUGAUUCUGCGCAAAAAAUCGUCGCAUCAGAAGCCCGUGCCGAUCAUGUCCCUGCACCCAAGCUUCUGGCCCUCGCAGACGUCCAAGCUGACCGACUAUAUCGAUCACCUCUCCCAGUUCCGACGCGAGGGCAAGGACCGACGAGAGCAGAACGUCGGUGCCAAGGUGCGCAAGUACACGUCUCUGUACAUGCCCUCGGUCGUGGAAGAGUCGGCCAACAAGCAGCGACAGGCGCAGAUUGUUGUACUUGUCAGCCGGCUGUUUGAGGGAUGCGCAUCGUCUGUUUGGCUGGGCUGGAAGCGACUUUCGACAUGUUGGAUUCUGCUUUUCUUCGCGUGUUGGUUGCGUUUUGGCUCGGCAUCCAAAGCGGCGCUCGGACGCUGCUGUUCCGAAGUCGGCGGCGCUGCUUUCCCUCCUGGGUUUGAAGCUUUGGCCACCUUUGGCCAGCUCUGCCGUGAGUCGGAUUCUGAUUUGCUCCUCCGCCACGUCUUCUCCGCACGACAUCCUCGCCGAACGCAGCUAUCCGGCGGCAUCCCCUGGCUCCUCUUCUUUUGCUUUGCCACUGCUUCUGCCAGGCUUCCUUUCCGGCUCACACACGCACAUUUUCCGCCCCUCGUCACUCACUGCUUCUGGACUAUCGAGGCAGCUUCUGCUCGAUCCGUCCUUCCUAUCAUCAAGCUGUCGGCGCACGCUUUCAUCAAGCUCGUCACCGCCGCCUCUGUUCGGUUCGGACAGACCAACACUGCUUCCCGCUCGGUAGCCACCAUGGCCUCUUCAUCUAACUCCGCCCCGGCCGCUUCGGCUGACAAGACCGGCAAGCACGACGACAUCGCCGCCGCUCGCCGCUUCCUCGAGUACGUCGACGCCAGCCCCACUCCCUUCCACGCCGUCGCCACUACCUCGGCCCUCCUGGACGCCGCCGGCUUCGUGCGCGUCAAGGAGAACGAGCUGUGGGACAACAAAGUCAAGCAGGGCGGCAAGUACUACUUUACCCGCAACCAGUCCGCCAUCGUCGCAUUCGCCGUCGGUGCAAAGUACCAGCCCGGCAACGGUGUCCACGUCGUCGGCGCCCACACCGACUCUCCCAACUUCCAGAUCAAGCCCGUCUCCCGAAAGGCCAAGGAGGGCUACCUGCAGUGCGGCGUAGAGACCUACGGCGGCGGCAUCUGGGCCUCGUGGUUCGACCGCGAUCUCGGCGUCGCCGGCAGGGUCAUCGUCUCGGACUCCAAGAACCACGACGCCUUCACCGGCAAGCUCGUCCACAUCAAGCGGCCCAUCCUCCGCAUCCCCACCCUCGCCAUCCACCUCAACCGCACCGUCAACGAGGCCUUCAAGUUCAACGUCGAGGACAAUACCGUCCCCAUCCUCGGCCUCGCCACCGAGCAGCUCAACAAGCGCGCCGACGAGGCCGCCGAGGCUGCCAAGGUCACCCCGCAGGCAGUCGGCUCGCCCGUCAUGGCCGAGAAGCACCACUCGAUCCUGCUCGACCUGCUCGCAUCCGAACUCGGCAUCCCCGUCGAGCAGAUCCAGGACUUUGAGCUCAGCCUCUACGACACCCAGCCAGCCUCGAUCGGCGGCAUCAACAACGAAUUCAUCCACUCGCCCCGCCUCGACAACCAGAUGUCGUGCUUCUGUGCCACCGAGGCGCUCAUCGAGUCGCUUGCCUCCGCCGAGUCGCUCAACGCAUCCUCCUCUAUCCGCGCCAUCGCUCUCUUCGACAACGAGGAGGUCGGCUCCGUCUCCACUCACGGCGCCGAAUCCAACAUGCUUCCCAGCCUCAUCCAGCGCCUCGUCGCCCUGCCCAUCGCGUCUUCCGGCUCCUCGGCACCCGCAGCCUCGAAUCUGUACGAACAGGCCAUCGCACGAUCCUUCCUCCUCUCCUCGGACAUGGCGCACGGCUUCCAUCCCAACUACCCCUCCUUCUACGAGGAGAACCACCGCCCCAAGAUCAACGGCGGACCCGUCAUCAAGACCAACGUCAAGCAGCGAUACGCCACCACCGGCCCCACCGCUUUCCUCAUCCGACGCAUCGCCCAGCGCGCACAGGUGCCUCUGCAGUCGUUUGUCGUCAAGAACGACAUGCCCUGCGGCUCCACCAUCGGUCCCAUGCUCAGCAAGCUCGGCAUCCGCACCCUCGACCUCGGCAACCCACAGCUUUCCAUGCACUCGAUUCGUGAGACCUGCGGCACCAAAGACGUUGCCUACAAGAUCGAGCUCUUCAAGCACUUUUUCGACUCGUUCGAACAGGUCGAUGCUCAGCUCACCAUCGACUGA